AUGUCACCAGCGCCCAAAGAAGAAAAAAGAAAAGGAAGAUAUAAAAACGAUGUGAAGCACAACAGAAUUCCCACAAGCCCACAAAGCCCCAAGUCCAGGCCGCCUGGACAGUAUAAAAGUCACAUAAAUAUAAAAUGGUAUGUCCCUCCGGUAAUCGAUAUAUGUCGUACUGCUUUUUUGUCCUCGUCGGGGACUGGAAUAAUCAGGCCCCGACCAAUGGUUUCUUGUGUUCACAAUGAAGCAUGCAAAACCCCGUACACCUUGCCCGACUGCGGGCAUCAACUCCGGGAUAUCCCAUCCAUGUACCCUCCGUCAGUUCCAUUACCCAGUUAUCAUCAAUCGGCUAGCGCUAUCGCCAGGCCAUCCCUGAGAAAGAGUAUCCAAACAGAAAAACAACAUCCCUCUAUCGCAAAUGUGGCUGUACCCAUACAUGCUAACGCCUGGUGA